UCUCACAGUGUAACUUCAGACAAGAAAAUAUAGUUCAAUACAAUGUUGUUUAAGUACUCUAUUUUGUCUCUAUGUCUUAUCAUAGUUGCUAAUUCUGUACUGGGAGAAACCGAAGAUGAAAACCAAUAUAUGAGAGAUUCGUACGAUUAUUGUAGAAGAUGGUUGGGCAAAUCUCUAAAUCAUACUAUUACAAAGUACGAAUUUUUGUUGUAUAUGGGAAAAAACAUUAGCGAUUGGUAUGCCUUAGAUUUUUACUUCAUUAACAAUCCAGAUGCCAAUGCAAAAAAAGCUGUUAUAGAUUUAAGUCUAUAUGGUGAACUUUUUAAAUACAUAUGCAACAAACAUGGCCGUGCUGUAAGAAACUGUGCAGAAUAUAGAAAAAGUAAAGCGCAAUCAACGUCGUAUGUUGCGAUGCAGUACUUAGAUUGGGAGGAUCGCGAGUAGCCGGUCAACAGUAUUAGUUACAAGAGAAAAAAAACAAAAAAAUGUUUCAUAAUCUAAUAGUAACACGCUAAACAAAGUUAAAAAACGGUAAAAAUUACCAUAAGUCAAAAUACAUUUUAUGGCACCAUUUAAACAUUUUUUAUUUUGUUCAUUUGUUAAUAAAUUAUGAUGAAGAUUUGAUCUGAAAAACAUUGUGUUUGAAAAAUAAUAAAUUCGUAGAAAAAAAACAGACAAAUUUGCAUAAUCUAAUAAUAACAUGUCAAUACAAAUUGUAUGACAACAUUUAAAUCUCUAUUUUACAAAUAAAUACCGAUUAUUUUUCCA